AUGGCUGGGGACCGGCUCCCACGGAAGGUGAUGGACGCCAAGAAGCUGGCUAGCCUGCUGCGGGGCGGGCCUGGGGGGCCGCUGGUCAUCGACAGCCGCUCCUUCGUGGAGUACAACAGCUGGCACGUGCUCAGCUCCGUCAACAUCUGCUGCUCCAAGCUGGUGAAGCGCAGGCUGCAACAGGGCAAGGUCACCAUCGCUGAGCUUGUCCAGCCGGCCUUACGGAGCCAGGUGGAGGCCGCGGAGCCCCAGGACGUGGUGGUCUAUGACCAGAGCACACGGGACGCCAGCGUGCUGGCCGCAGACAGCUUCCUCUCCCUCCUGCUGAGCAAGCUGGACGGCUGCUUCGACAGCGUGGCCAUCCUCACGGGGGGCUUCGCCACCUUCUCCUCCUGCUUCCCCGGCCUCUGCGAGGGCAAGCCGGCCGCCCUGCUGCCUAUGAGCCUCUCCCAGCCCUGCCUGCCCGUGCCCAGCGUGGGCCUGACCCGCAUCCUGCCUCACCUCUACCUGGGCUCUCAGAAAGAUGUCCUGAACAAGGACUUGAUGACCCAGAAUGGAAUAAGCUACGUCCUCAAUGCCAGCAACUCGUGCCCCAAGCCAGACUUCAUCUGCGAGAGCCAUUUCAUGCGCAUCCCCGUCAAUGACAACUACUGUGAAAAGCUGCUUCCCUGGCUGGACAAGUCCAUCGAGUUCAUUGACAAAGCCAAGCUGUCCAGCUGCCAAGUCAUCGUCCACUGUCUGGCCGGCAUCUCCCGCUCUGCCACCAUCGCUAUCGCUUACAUCAUGAAGACCAUGGGCAUGUCCUCUGACGAUGCUUACAGGUUCGUGAAGGACCGGCGCCCAUCUAUCUCGCCCAACUUCAACUUCCUGGGCCAGCUGUUGGAGUACGAGCGCAGUCUGAAGCUGCUGGCUGCCCUACAGGGCGAUGGGGCGCCCACUCCAGGCACCCCAGAGCCCCUCCCAGGCCCCACAGCCCCCCUGCCGCCGCUGCCACCACCUACCUCAGAGAGCGCCGUCACCGCAGCCAGGGAUGGCACGCUGGGCGCGGGCGGGGAGCCUCCUGCGCCUGCCGCUGCCCCGGCCACCAGCGCACUGCAGCAGGGCCUCCGCGGCCUGCACCUCUCCUCGGACCGCCUGCAGGACACCAACCGCCUCAAGCGCUCCUUCUCGCUGGACAUCAAGUCGGCCUACGCGCCGAGCCAGCGGCCCGAGGGCCCUGGGCCCCCCAACCCCGGCGAGGCCCCCAAGCUCUGCAAGCUGGACAGCCCGGGGGGCGUGCUGGGCCUGCCCUCGCCUGGCGCCGACAGCCCAGACUUGGCGCCUGAGGCGCGCCCGCGGACCGGCUGGCCCGAAGAGCCGGCCCCGGAGACGCAGUUCAAGCGCCGCAGCUGCCAGAUGGAGUUCGAGGAAGGCAUGGUGGAGGGGCGCGCGCGCGGCGAGGAGCUGGCAGCCCUGGGCAAGCAGGCCAGCUUCUCCGGCAGCGUGGAGGUCAUAGAGGUGUCCUGA